GUAGUUUGAUUAUUGGGGGCGUCUUCUUCUUCCUUUCUUCCUGCAACCUACUCUAUCCGUAGACAUGUUCGCCCAGAAGAAGAAUGAUUCAUCCCAAAAGCUCUCAUAUUCAGAAGCCACCAUUGCUGCUGCUUGUGGGAAAAACGGCAACUAAUGUUGCUUCUUUUGCUUUUAGAAAAAGAAGACAUUAGGUGAUCCCUUUCAAAUAUAGUCAAAUAGAUUGACUUGUUGGCAACGGGACAAAGACCAAUGGUAGUCAAUCAUGAUGCAGACAUGGCCCAGAAGCUAGAAGAUGCAACUGAUAGAUCUGAAUCGAUUUUGGGUUUGAGAAAGAGUACUGUACGGGGAAAUUGUCCACAUCUCAGAGCUCGUGUAGCCUCACUCAUGGAAGCCGGCACGGCUGCAAAACUUGUGGUGGUGGGAGGAGCUCUUGUUUCCGUGAUGGCGGUGCUUUUACGGGGCACAAUAAUAAGGCUUCAAUUUCGUCUCUACGUUGACGCCUCCCACUGGUUUGUCUCAAUAAAGCUUUUCGCUGUUUUCCAGUUGUCAAUAAGUCCCCCAACUUCACAAAUGCCAUUCUUUGAAAGGAUCAUGAACGCCAUAAUUCUGGUUGAACUUCUUAUUCGUCUCGUCCGACUGCUUUACCUUCUCCUGCCACCUCUGUUUCUCUACUUCUUCCCAGGAAAGGAGGUCACCCAGGAAGAGGGAAUCAAAAUUCUCAGUCAAUUGGAAAAUCCAAACACUGUGAAGUGUUAUGGAAAUGAAAUUGUUGGACGCUACAUUUCUCUAUACAUCCAACUAGGUUCACUGAAGAAAUAUAUCUUGGAACUAGGCGUUUUACAUGGACCUUUAAUUCGACAUUUCACUGAACAAAUUCUCUCUGGGUUGGAUUGCCUGUAUAAUAAAAGAGUUGUUCAUAGGGACAUAAAGCCAGACAAUCUACUUGUUUAUUCUAACAACAUAGUAAAGCUGAUUAGCUUUGGUUUGGCCAAGCAUCUAGCAGAAUCCGUGGGCAAGCACUCAAAGUCAGGAACUCCAUAUUAUGCAGCCCUAGAGGUUCUUCGAAAAAUAGAAUAUAAGAGCUCGCGUGAAGCUUCUGCUGCUGAUAUAUGGAGUUUGGGUUGUGUAAUCAUUAAAAUGUUCUCAGGGAAGCGUCCUUGGCCUGGUUUUGAGCCGGUGCAGGCCUUCUAUAAAGUUUGUGUUGAACAGCAACAUCCGCCCAUACCAGAAGGGUUAUGCCAAGAGGGUAAAGAUUUUCUGGAACUCUGCUUCACAAGAACUCCGGCUAUCUGCUGCAGCAUUACUAGACCAUUCCUUUGUAAGAGCACAAACAACUAAGCUUGCUGAUGGAAGAAUGCACAAACUUAGCCUUUUGUGAAGGCUUCAGUUGUUUUGUUUAUUUUUAUACCCUGAAAGUUUUUACUAAGGGGUAUCAGCCACCUAAAAGUUUUUUUGAAGUGCAAAUUUGUCUCAAAAAUUUAAAAUCAUGAUAAUAUUAUUCUU